AUGUUCUCCAACUUGUCCAACAUUGUUCAGAAGGCUCAGCAGCUCAUCGAUCCGACCCAGGGACUCAACCUCUCAAGCUCCGACAAGAACCCUUCCAAGGCCUCUCUGUUCCGGAAUCAGUUUCGCCUCCCGUCGUCCCAGAACCCGCUGUACGAGAUCAACGCCGAGCUUACCAUCCCUCCAUCAAACGCUACCCAGGGCGACAAGGACCACGAUCGAGGAUGGCAUUACGCGGGAAAGCUGCACAUCUCCGAGGCCUACAUGUGCUUCUCGACCACUCCAUCAAGCUUUGCUCAGAGUGCCAGCACAUCGACCUCGCUAGCUUUCACCGGCCAGACGCAUGGUGCAGGGCCGAGCGGGAACGGCUUCACAUUCCCAUUGUGCGCGAUUAGGCGGGUCGAGCGGUUAAACAGCCAAAAUUUCCAGUUCGCGCUCGCUAUCACGAGUUGGAACGGACUGCUGGCCGACAACCCCAAAGAAAAAGACGGAACCAAAGACGCCAAGGGCGUCAGAGAACAAAGAGUCACCAUCCACUUGGCCGGUUCUCGUUUGGCUUGCGAGCGGUUCUGCGAUGGGCUCAAAAGAGGGCUUCGAGCUGGUGUUGGCAACGUCGGCAAGCUCCGCAAGGUUGUCGCUGAAUGCUACUCCGAGCAUCUGCUCAGACCCGAGGACAAAAAGGCCGCCAAUCCUCCGGAUGCUGGUCUCGGCAUGAUUUUCCGCUAUCCCGGAGACCCCAAAAAAUUACGGGACCGAGCCAAGAUGCGACUUUGGGCAGAGUACUUGCGCGACAACGGCCGGAACGCGACUCUCAUCCGCCAACCAACUUUCCACAAGCUGAUUCGGGUCGGCCUGCCAAACCGGUUGCGAGGGGAGAUAUGGGAGCUCACAUCUGGCUCGCUCUACUCGCGCUUGGAAAACCCCACGCUUUACGCCGACACUUUGACAAGGUUCCAGGGGCAGGAGUCGCUCGCCAUUGACGAGAUCGAGAAGGACUUGAAUCGAAGCUUGCCAGAGUACCCCGGUUUCCAAAGCGAGGAGGGUAUUGGCAGACUUCGCCGAGUUCUGACAGCCUACAGCUGGGUAAACCCCGACGUCGGAUACUGCCAAGCCAUGAACAUCGUCGUGGCGGCGCUUCUCAUAUACAUGUCGGAGGCCCAGGCCUUCUUCCUACUCUCAUCCCUGUGCGAUCGCUUGGUUCCGGGCUAUUAUUCCACAACCAUGUACGGCACAUUGCUGGAUCAAAAAGUGUUUGAAUCCCUCGUGGAAAGAACCAUGCCCAUCUUGUGGGAGCAUCUGGUCAGGAGCGACGUUCAGCUAUCGGUCGUGUCGCUGCCCUGGUUCCUGUCCCUGUACGUCAACUCGAUGCCCCUCAUUUUUGCUUUUCGCGUGCUGGAUGUCUUCUUUGUCGAAGGCCCCAAGGUGCUGUUCCAAGUCGGGCUCGCGAUUCUGCGCAUCAAUGGCGAGGAGCUGCUGGACGCCGCCGACGACGGGGCAUUCAUCUCGGUUCUCAAAUCCUACUUUGCCAGGCUGGACGAGUCGGCGCACCCCAAGUCCGAGAACCCCAAGCUGCGGGCGGUCACCAGGUUUCAGGAACUCAUGGUGGUCGCCUUCAAGGAGUUUUCCGGCAUCACUCACGGCAGCAUCACCGAGUUGCGGCUGAAAAAGAAGGACGCAGUUUUGAACAAUAUCGAAAACUUUGCCAAGCGAACGGCGAUUCGAAACCUCGGCCCGGACAGCAAGUUGCUCGGAAACGAGGAGCUGGGAGCCUUGUACGACCGAUUCUACAGUGUCCUGUACGAGAGGCAGCAACGCGAUGUCAUGAUUCAGGAGGAGAGCAAGCGACGCGCCAAAACGAGCAGGAUGCGGGCAUCCGAAAUCUUUGCCUCGGCGCCGAACCAGGUGGAAAAGGGCCGGGUCGGGCUUGGACCCAGCACAAGCCUGAUGGACUACGACGCUUUCCGGGAAUUCCUCGCCUGCAUCUGCAGGUGGGCCAUUUCCGACUCUCCGCAGUCGAGCAGCUUCCUCGGGUCAGGGGAGGACAGGUUCGCGAAAUUCAACAGCGCCCGAAAAGCUGCGGAUGCCAUGUCGCCAUGGGGUUCUGGACCAGAGCCGGCGGAGCAUGAAUUCCUGCGACGGCUGUACAAGAAGUGGGACGUGGAUGGGAACGCAGCUCUGACGCUGCAGAACGUGGUCUCGGGCUUGGCUGGCAUCAAGGGUAAAAGAGAUAUUAUGAGCACCAUUACCUACUUUUUUGAGCUUUACGAUGACGACGGGGACGGCAGGGUCGACCGGGAGGGAAUCUUGCGGAUCUCGGAAGCCUUGCUCUUCCUCUCGCGACGCGGUUUGGAAGGAGCACUCAGCCCGAAUGCUGGCGGCGGCCUCGCCCCCAACGGCGGCGGCGGCGGCGGCGACUCGGGCAGUCUUGACGAGUCUCAGGCCACCUUGGCGACAAGCGUGCCGGUAAAUGAGAGAUUUCUCGGCAGCGUGAGUGCCUUUAUCCGUCGAUGUUUCGAGUACGCCGAGGCCGACCAACCCCAAGACGAGCAAGCCGAGGAAUGUUCUGCGUCACAGGCGUUCGCCAUUGGCGAGGACGAGGACGAGGGCGAGGACGAGGGCGACAACGGCGACGACUUGCUCAGGUUCGAGUCACCGUCGGCAUCUCCCUCAAAGUUGAAGGGUGCCGAGAGUCUGGCGCCAGACGCUCCGAUAGCCACCGCGCAAGCUGGUCGUACCAGCGCCGAGUCGCGACGGAGGGUGUCCAAAGCCAAGUCGGAAGCAGCCAACGCGGCACUCAACCCUGCGCAACCGCUGCACAUGACGCUGCCCACGUUCAGGAUGGUUGUACUCGCAGACGAGCUGCUCGAGCAGUUUUUCGAAUCUUCCUUCCCCUGCUCGUUCCAGGUCAUCGGAGGACUCCAGAGCCCCGCUUCGAUGCCACUGGCGUCGUCAUUGACGACGUUUGCGAGCCUCGGAUUCAGCUCUCGGCAGCCCACGCCGGCGCAGGCAGGCCCUCCUGGCGCAGGCAGAGGGUUGCGCGGGGUGCUGGACAACAUCGUCACGGACGGCAUGCGCGUUGCCACCGAGGUCCGACGGCGCAUGGAGGAGGCGCAAAAGGAGCUGGAGAAGAACGCAUUGCCUGGGCAUCGGCAGGAGGACGAGGAAGAAGACGACGACGACGUGGGCACUGGCUCUGGAGGAGCCGGAAAAGGUCACGAGGCACACGGUGGAGACAAUCGCUCCGUCAAGAGCUCCGACCGAGACCUGCUAGAUGGACUGGACGCAGGGGCAGGAGCGUCAAAGGAACAUGAGCAAAGCCUCGUCGACGUUGACGCAGAGGGAGGGCAGCGAAGGGCGGGAACCAUUGCCGUAUCGGGCACGGGAGUUGUCGAGUUUGAAGGCUAA